GUGGACGUCGGCGGCCGGUGCGGACCGAAUUAGUGAAGGGGGGCUUUGCAACAAUGCGCCUCCCAUGCAUUCUUACAAUAGCGGCGCUGCUGCGCGCCAGCGGGCAGCCCCGCAACGCCACCACGGCCCAGGCGAGGAGGCGCCUCCAGGGCGGCGGCGUGACGGCGGUCGUCAUCACGGUGCACAACGCUCUGGCCUCCACGAUUGACUGCCUCGAAGCAUUGGUCGCGACGGCGCGAGGCAGCGUGCGAUUGAAAGUCGUAUUGGUGCUCGACAACUGCGACGGCCCUACUACCGCAUCUCUCACAACGUGGAGUCGACGACGGGGCCGGCAGGACGAUGUUGUUGUAUUAACAAAUCAUUCGUCCUAUUCCUUAGCAGCCAACGAAGGGUUGCGAGCCGCACUCCACGCGGAGGACGUCGACGCGGUCGCGCUCCUGAACAGCGACACGGUCCCAUCGACGGGCUGGCUCCACGGGCUUCGACGCGUCCUCUUCUCCCCACCGACCGACGACGACCUGGCCGACGCCUUCGCCGCGGCGGACGUCGACGAGAACGAGAUGGUCACCGCGACGGAACUCGCCAAUUACCGGCUGCACCCCGGGGAAGACGCGGAGUUUUUUGAAAAGCUCAAACCGUAUGACAAGAAUGGCGACGGUGCCCUGACCUGGCCGGAGGUGUGUCCUGAAGCCACGGAUGUUCCGGUGCGAGGUUGUGAUGAUCGGGACUGGGCCUGCGCUCCUCGCUCUCAGGAUGACGACGUCGCGGGGUUGUUGCCUCCGAGGCUGGCCGCUGUAGGUGCUUUGUCGAACGCGGCCUCGUACCAGACGGUGCCCUGGCCGACGCCGCGGAAUCGAAGAGAACGGAGAGCAGUACGAGGCUGGAACGUCGUGGCGCUGCCGGCGGGCUGGACGCCGGAGACGGCGGCGCGCGCUGCUAGACUAGGGGCGACGGGGCGGCGCGCGGACGCGGGGUUGCUCAACGGCUUCUGCAUGCUGCUGUCGCGGGACGCCAUCGACGCCGUCGGGUUGCUAGAUGAAGCUACGUAUCCAGGUGGUUACGGGGAGGAGAACGACUGGGCGGUUCGGGCGAGACGCGCGGGCUGGGGCCUGGCGGUCGUGCCCGGCGUGCACCUCUUCCACGCGAAGACCCAGUCCUACUCCAUCGAGAGACGUCAAGAAUUAAAAUUGAUAGCAAGGGAGAACUCGCGCGCGAAGUGGUCGCAUGGCGAAGUCGGGUUAGCGGAACGACUGCUGAAGCGGUCGCCUCAUUUAAGUUUGGCGCGACACGUCGCCGAGCUCCAGUACACGGGCUGGCGCGCCAAGGCCCUCGCGGCGGCGCCGACCGCCGCCCUUGUAUUAGUCGAGGGCGGCGCGCAGCCGCCGGACUGGCUCCAGAACGCGGCGGCCGUGCGGCGCAACGCGCGGCUGUUCGUGCGGUCCUGCGUCGUCGGCGCCGUCGACGUGGACACGUGCGCCGAUUACCUCGUGGCGCCGGUCUUUGACUACGUCGUCUCGACGGGGCCCAAAGGCAAGACGACGGCCGAGGCCAUCAACCGGUGCCACCCGAACGUCGUGCACGUCGACGGGUCGCGGCAGCGGCCGUCCGUACUCGACGUGCACGCGCCGCGCGUGGCGGCGUCCCAGGCUCCGAGGCGGGGGGCCGCCGCCGCCGCCGCCGCCGCCGCGAUGGACUUCCCGGCGUUGUACCAUAUGGCCAACCCCUGACCGAUGUGUUUUUUGCUCUAAGUUUUCCUGGUUUGG